AUGGCGUGUGCAGUAUUUGUAAAUAUUUUCCUCAUCACGUGUAUCCAGCGCCUGGGAGCCCAGGAAAGUACCUGCACUGCAGUCACACCUGCGGAGCAGGGCGAGGUGGGUUUCCAUGCUCGGCAAUUGCGCACGGUCCCUUACGUAACCGUCAGCUGGGGAUUCCCUGGAGGGGGUCACUUUAUUCAACCAUUACAUAGACCCCGGCCGCCGCCGCUCCGCCGCGCCCGGGGCCGCCGCCGGCUGAGGCUACGGCUCCGGCUGCAGGCAGCGCGGCGGCGGCUCCUCACAAAAUGGCGGCGCCCAUGGAAGCGGCAGCAGCCCCAUUUUGUGCCCGGCAGAGCCUGUCAACAAAACGCCGACUUGGCCAAGGCUGAGGAACAGAAGGCGGCGGCUUCGUUCGCGUUACGGCGCGGAGGGAGGAGAGCGGAGGAUUUCACCGCCCUCCCGCCGCCGAGAGGAGACUUUUCUACAAAUGCGUGCCUUAUGAAUAAACCGGCUAUUAGGCUGAUGCUUCAAGUAACACUAUCCAGCACCAAGCCUGUGUGCCACAGAACAUUGCACUUCAUCCAAAGAUCUAAUAUUUGGAGUCUGCAGUCCUUGGAGUUGGAGGCAAGUAGAACCUAAAUGUCCACAGAGCGCUGUGUUUGAUGGAUAUUUUAAAGACUGAGAUUUGGAAAUAAGUUUAUCUCCUUCAUUCAUGAAGAACUGUAAGAUAGAACCUUUUGGACAAUAACACAUCUAUAUUUAAAUUUUCUAUACAUAUGUACAUUUCUAUAUUUUUCUAUAUUUUUAUGUGCAUAAUUUUUAAGUUGUAUAAAUAU